UUUAGUUUACUCAAUAGAAUAACUGAUGAAAUUCACAUGUUUCAAAGACAGCCUAACUACCAUAACUGAAAAUACCACCAAGCAACUCAUUGAACUCAACUGUUUGCUUGCAAGCCUCACUCGCUCACACCAUUACUCGGACGCGUUCCAACUCUUCCGCCAAAUUCUCUCAUCCCACCAUCUCAAACCAGACCACUACACUCUCUCCACCACCCUCACCGCUUGCGCCAACCACCGCGACACGAACACCGGUAACCAAUUCCAUGGCCACGCCAUUCGGGCCGGGCUCAAAACUUAUCCUCACGUCGCGAACUCUCUACUUUCCCUCUAUGCAAAGUCGGAGGACUUAGAUUCAGUGAAAAGGGUUUUUAUUGAGAUCAAACGCCCAGAUGUUUAUUCAUGGACAACAUUGUUGUCGGCUUGUACUAAACUUGGGGAGGUUGGUUAUGCUUGUCAAAUGUUUGAUCAAAUGCCGCACCAAAAUGUUGCGGUGUGGAAUGCAAUAAUUACGGGUUGCGCAGAAAAUGGGUAUGACGAAAUUGCGUUGGAUUUGUUUCAGAGGAUGCAUUUGUUGGGUGUAGGGCAUGACAAUUACACUUUUGCUAGCGUUUUGAGCUUGUGUUUUCUGGAAUUACUCGAAUUUGGGAGGCAAGUUCAUUCCUUGGUAAUUAAAACUGGAUUUAUUGUUAGAGUUUCUGUGAUUAAUGCUCUGCUUACAAUGUAUACCAAUUGUGAAAGGGUUGCUGAUGCAUAUGGCGUAUUUGAAGAUGCAGAAAACAAAGUACUAGAUCAGAUCACGUAUAAUGCAAUGAUAGCUGGUCUAAUAACCAUGGGAAGAGAUGAAGAGGCCUUGGUAAUAUUUAAAGAUAUGCAAGAUGUUUGUCUGAGACCGACUGAACUGACUUUCGUGAGUGUUUUGAGUUCAAGCUCAUGUCCAAGAGUAGGCCACCAAGUACAUGCGCUAGCUAUCAAAAUGGGCUUUGAAGAUUUUACUUCUGUGAAUAAUGCGGCAAUAACUAUGUAUUCCAGCUGUGGAGAUUUGCCUGCAGCUCAAAUGGUUUUUGAGAGAUUGGAAUGGAAGGAUAUCAUCUCAUGGAACACCAUGAUAGCAAGCUAUGCUCAAUGGCAUUUAAAUAAAGAAGCAAUCUUGGCCUACAUGAAGAUGCAGAGAGAAGGGAUUGAACCAGAUGUGUUCACUAUAGGAAGCCUGCUAGUGAGCUCGGAGAUGCUGGUGAUUGUUGAGACAAUUCAAGCCAUUGUAUUGAGAAAUGCUCUUAUCACAAAAACAGAAGUCUCAAAUGCAUUAGUUUCUUCAUUCUGUAAGCAUAAAAAUAUGAAGCAGGCCUGUCAAAUAUUUGAGGACAUCUGCCCCAAGAAUUUGAUCUCAUGGAAUUCCAUUAUUUCUGGGUUCCAGUUAAAUGGGUUUCCAGUGCAGGGCUUAGAACAGUUCUGUGAGCUGCUGGUUUCAGGAGUGAGGCCAAAUGCUUAUACUCUCAGCAUCAUGUUGAGCAUUUGUGCUAGCAUUUCGACCUUGAGACACGGGAAACAAAUCCAUGGCUAUAUUCUCAAAUGUUGGUAUUUGCCAGAAACAACUCUGGGUAAUGCACUUAUUGCACUGUAUGCAAAAUGUGGGGUUUUGCAUUGGUCUUUGAGAGUGUUUAAUGAAAUGAUUGACAAAGACAUUGUCUCUUGGAAUUCAAUUAUUUCUGCUUAUGCACAGCAUGGGAAGGGAAAGGAAGCUGUCCAGUGUUAUGGGGAAAUGCAAGUUUUGGGUGGGAUCAAACCAGAUAACGCCACCUUCACUGCAGUUCUCUCAGCUUGCAGUCAUGCCGGUUUGAUUGAUGAUGGCAUUCGGAUUUUCAACUCCAUGGUGAACACUUAUGGUUUAGAACCUGGAGUAGACCAACUGUCUUGCAUUGCUGACCUUUUAGGUCGAGCUGGGUAUGUUGAUGAAGCAGAAAGACUUGUAAACCAUAAGCACAUUGACAUAGAUGUCAGCACAUGGUGGACAUUAUUCAGUUCUUGUGCAGCUCAUGGUAAUUUAAGGUUAGGAAGAAUUGUUGCCGAGUUUCUUCUUGAAGCUGAACAAAAUAACCCAGCAGUUUAUGUGCUUUUGUCUAAUAUUUAUGCAAAUGCGGGGCAGUGGGAGGAGGCAGCUAAUGUGAGGGAAUUAAUGAAGAGGCCUUUAAAGGAGAUAUUAAGGGGUCAAGGGGUGGAUGGGGAAACGUUUCAGAAGCAGUUCCAAAUCAAGAGGGAUGCUUUAGCUCAUGCAUUGGGAGCCAUUUUCUGGCAAGACAGCCGAGUGGUUGUGUACCACACUGAUGGAGAUGUACACGAUAACGUUGGCUGUGAAAGACUGGAGGCACUAUUUGCUAGGGAAGGAUACGCUUUACGAAUAGGCCACUCUGAUCAACAAGCCCCUUCAGUAUUUAUAGAUGCAGUCCCAGCCUCAGGAGGCAUGUCAUAUGAAGUGAAUUUCAGUUCCUACAACGGUUUGAAUUGGUGA